UAGAGAGGUUCAUUCCAUGAACUAUAAUUGUACCGCAUUACCUAUAAUCGUGACCGACAGACACUAUUAUAUAUAAUUUUCUUGUACCUUAAAGACAUAUGACAAAUAUUAUAUACACAUGCAUUUCUAUGAGUGUCAAAUAUAAGUAACAUACAUCGUCCAUCUAAAGAAAAUAUCAAGUCAUUAUUAACCAUUCGCAAACGUUCCUAACAACAUCAGUACAACAACAGCGUUUUAUUUUAUUUUGUGUUUGGACAAUGUCAUUUCUUUCAGGCAAGGACACUACGGAUUAUGAAAGUACGUUGCCAAAUGUUAAACAAAAUCCAACAACAGAAAUGCAGGCUAAAACAGAAUCAACAAUGUUUUAUGUAAACAAAGAAAGUAGAUGCAACGAUCAUAAAAAUCUUGAGCCACACAUGGAUCAACUGGAACGUUUUAAUCCAAAUGAUGGAACUAUAGAAAAGGGUAUUCUGGUAGAGGAUAGAGAUUUGAGAUCAGAGAAAAAUAUUAAGAGUACACCAGUCGUUAUACAUGGUCAAAGCAGAACUGUAACAGACGAAAGCGAAAGAGAAAACGUUCAACCAGAUACAUCAUUGUUACAUGAACAACCAAACUCUGGUUGUUUACAUUGCUUCUGUAUUUCUAAAAACAAAAUUGAAAGUGAAAAUAUUCAAAAGUUGAAAGGGAGAAAUCGCGAUCUGGUUACUAAAACAAACGAUCUUGUUACUAAAACAAACGAUCUUGAAUUAGAGCUGAAAGAAUUAGAGAAAAUUCUACAUGCUCAUAAAAAAUACAAUGAAAUGCAAUUGCAAAAGAGAAGCCUCCUUGAAAAGAUUCAGGUAGAAAAGAAGAUAACAGCUGAUUUAGAAGCUGCAAUAUCGGAGACAAAAGCGAGCCACAAUAUGUAGACGUAAUCUAUAUCUACAAGUAGACGUCAUCUGACAAUAUUUUUCAGCGUUUUAUGUGAUAAAAGUUACAAAAAGACUUAGUGUCCUUGCAUUAACUUUAAAGAUAGUACCUGUAGUUGUUUAGGGCUUGACUGCUGAUGUUCAGAACACGGAACAUAUACUGCUAUAUAAUCCAUUAUAAACAAAAGUCAAUGUCCGCUUAUCUAAAUAGGGAGAGCGCCGAUCUACGGAUUGCGGGGUCGUGAGUUCGAUCCCUGGGUGAGACGUAUGUUUUCCUUGACGAUUUGAUAAAAGACAUUGUGUCUGAAAUCAUUCGUCCUGUCCCUCUGAUUUAUGUGGGGAAGUUUGCAAUUUCUUGCAUAAACUACCCGCAGUUACAUAACUGAAACACUGUUGAAAAAACGGCGUUAAACCCAAAACAAACAAAAAAGCAUUAUAAACAAUUAGGAAACAGAAGGAGGAUGUCAAUUAUAUAUAUAUAUAUAGGAAAGAAUAAUCACUUUUACACUUUGUGGUAAAAAAAAAAGCGUUACAAUUGCUUGUUAUUUUUUUUGUGAUUUUGAUUUUUGAGCCGUGAUUUACUCGUUCUCCUUGGCUUUUGCCGUAGUAUUCUCAUAUGCUAAAAAUGUAUUCACGGCUGAACAAUACCUCGUAUAUACAGAAAUAAGUUUAACUUCAACAAUGCAAGGGAAAUAAACUGUACAAUAGACAAAGGUUACCUUGAAUUUAGAUGUUUUGUGGCAAGAAAAAUGAUAACUAUAAAUUAUGAUCAAGUUCCUCUUCAUACCGUUUUACUGUCGGAAUUAUGGUAUAAUAGUGUUACAGAAUUUUAAUCUACUGAAUCUUCUCAGUUAAAUGUUUGAAAGUACUGUCAUGUGUUAUGCUUUACAUAAAUUGUACUAUGUUUGACUAUAAAUUGUAUGUAUGCAAUUUUAUGUUAAAUAAAAUAUCUGUUAUAUAUGUUAAAAAAAAUAAAUACUUCCGGUUAAGUAAAAU